UUCUCGGCUCUGCCGCACCGUUAGCUUUCGAGCCUUAGCUACAGUAAUGUUAACAACACAUUUUCUUGGUGUCUUAGUCUUGGAGUUUCCAUAUUUAAAAAGGACAUCUAUAGCCUAUGUGCCUUUUUCCUGGUCUGCUGUUGAACUUGAACGAGCCAUUUGGAAAGUCUGAGGACCGGCUCUCCAAAUGACGUCUCUGAUUUGCACGUUACAAGACCACGGAGACGAUGUCAACUGGUGUGCUUUCUCUGCCAAACUGUUAGCCACAUGUUCUGGGGACAAAACUCUCAGGAUAUACAACACCCAUGACUUCUCAGAGCUGCCCUUUUCACCGCUGUCAGGACAUGGCUACAGCGUGCACUGCUGCUGCUUCAGCGCCUGCGGACAGUUCCUUGCGUCAUGUUCGACUGACGCCACCACACUGGUCUGGUCCAUGGACACGGGUGAGAUCGAGGCCGUCCUGGAGCAUCCUGGUCGCAGUCCUGUGAGGACCUGCGCUUUCUCUCCGGACUCUGCCCACCUUGUUUCAGGUGCUUCUAAUGGCACUUUAGCUCUGUGGGAUUUCUCCUCCAAACAGCUGCGCAGGACCGGAGCAGUGAAUGACACAACACUGGUAGCUUGCUCCUUCAGCCCCUGCAGUCAGGUGUUCAUGACCGGCUCCACCUAUGGAGACCUCCGUCUGUGGGACCUGGACCUGAACCAGCUCCAUGCAGAGAAAAAUGCCCACGACCUGGGGGUCACCUGUUGCACCUUCGCUCCCAGCAUCCUCAGUGGUGGUCAAGUUGUGCAGUUUCAUCUGGCAUCAUGUGGGCAAGACAGUCUCCUCAAGAUCUGGACCAUUAACAAGUUCUACUCUGGAGCCUAUAACAUGCAGCUCCUGCACACAUUGACUGGCCAGUCGGCUCCAGUCCUCUCCUGUGCGUACUCCUCAGAUGGGCAGCUGCUUGUGUCUGGCUCUGUGGACAAAACUGUUACAGUCUAUGAUGCUAAAAAUGCAGUUUUGCUUUACACAUUGAAGCAGCAUGAGAGGUACGUGACGGCAUGCUCUUUCUCUCCAACUACACCACUAAUUGCUACAGGAUCUAUGGAUAAGACUGUAAACAUCUGGAGGCUGGAGGACGGAUGCAGUGGCGGGAAGUCGUUGCCUGAGAAGUCUGCUCUGACAUCAAGUGAAGGGAGAACCUCAGCGGGCCGAUCAAAGCUGCUGGUCAGCGAUUGGUCGGAGGAUGAUGUGUCAGCGUGGCUGGUGGAGGAAGGCCUCGGGGGGUUGGUGGACAAAUUUGUGGCUAACAACAUAGAUGGGACAGAGCUGCUAAGUCUCACCAAGGAAACACUGGCAUCAGAGAUGCACAUAGAGUCAGUAGGCCUGCGCAGUAAACUCCUGAGGAAGGUGGAGGAGCUGAAGAGUGAUUCAGUGUGUUCAGGCAUUCCUGAUGAGUUCCUUUGUCCAAUCACCAGAGAGCUAAUGAGGGAACCAGUCAUUGCUGCUGAUGGAUACUCAUAUGAAAGAGAGGCCAUCGAGAGCUGGAUCAACACCAAGAACCGUUCCAGCCCUAUGACCAACCUCCCCUUACUGACAACUCUGCUCACCCCUAACCACACGCUGAAGAUGGCUAUUGGUCGCUGGAAGACCACCAACUAGCAUCCGAAAAGACCUCUGUGCCCUAAAUAUUGUCCCUAAAGUAGACAGAAACCAGAAUCGAGUGUUCCCAGGGAUGCUACAGCAUUUCAAGGACAGGUGUGUCUGACUUUCUUUACUGGCAAGCUGCAAUUUUUGACCGCUGGGGAGCAGGAAGGCAAACAUGUAAACAUAAAUGUACUGGCCAAAAUGCUAGUAAUCAGUUACAGAUACCGUGCAAUAUUGAUGUCACAGGGAUAUAAAGCGGCUGUAAUCAAUAUUUUUAUACUAACAAAGCUUUAUAGUGAGUUUCAGGUAUUUUGAGCUGUCUGGCCCACAACUUGACUGUUGUGGUGGACUUCUCACUACGCUCAUAAUACCUAUUAUAAUGGUGAAAAUGUCUGAAAGCUACAUGAGCUACAGACUGGAGUGUUGAUUUGCAGUUGGAUCAGCAAUACUAACAACCCAUAGAAAUUAGCUUAAAGCUGAACAGAGCUUUAAUUGAACAUUAUUAAUGUUACUUACUGAAAACACUAUUUGCACUAUCUGCAGUUAAGCAUUACAUGUGCAUGUCUUUGGAUUGUCUGAGCAUUGCAAAGCCUUGCUUAUUACAAACCCUGUGGGAAUAGUUCUUGGCUAAAGUGGUUUAGGGUUGUGUUUCUUGUACAAACAAACAUCCAGCUUUAAAAGAAAUUAAUGACAUUAAUGAAGGCAUUUUUGCAAUAUUCAGAAAUUGAUUUGUCCACAUUUUUAUACAAGUACUUUAUUCUCAUGGCUUGGUUAAAUGUCAGUUUUGAUAACUUAGGUUGUACUGAGAAAGACCUCUUAUUUAUCCAUACACACUCUGAAGCUUAGGCAACAUUUUCUGGAUUAUACUGUGAAAGAAGUAGAUGUAGAAAUAUAGUCCUCCAUUAAUAUUUUAUUAUACCACAAUAAUCAUGUGGUAACAUUCUGCAAUCCAUAGUAUAACUGUAAAGUGUAUAUGACAACUAUGGACAUAUACAGCAAUGUAAGAAGUCUCUUAAGAUUUGUUAUCCUCAACUGUUGCUCGUGUAAAUGCUCUCUCUGUGUGUCCAAAUAAAUCAAUAAACACUUCAUAUGAA